AGUAACAUAGUUUAAAUAAAAAAUGGGAAUUAAACAUUUGUGGACAAUUUUAACUCCGUAUUGUGAACGAAAACCAUUGUAUGAAUUACAAGGAAAAACAGUGGCCGUAGAUUUGUCAUGUUGGAUAUGCGAGGCUCAAAACAUCGCUGAAUAUCAAAUACAACCUCGAAUGUAUCUAAGAAAUCUCUACUUCAGAGCUUGUUACCUGCUUUUACUCGAUGUAAACCCAGUCUUUAUCUUGGAAGGUAGAGCACCAGAAUUAAAAUAUGAUACCAUAGCUGCAAGAAAUGUACUGCAGUUUAAAGGAGCAAAGCCCAAGGAAGAUGGAGUAAAGACUGGUAAAGACAGAUCUAGGUUUAAUUUUGUUUUGAAAAGAUGUGAAGAAAUGCUCAGACUAAUGGGAAUAUCAUGCCUUAAAGGUAAAGGAGAAGCUGAAAGUCUCUGUGCAUAUCUUAAUGAGGAAGGAUUGGUUGAUGCUUGCAUUUCACAAGACUCAGACUGCUUUGCCUAUGGUGCAAAGAUAGUGUACAGAAACUUUUCCAUAGCUUCACAGGGAGCCAAUAAGUCUUCAGGGGGAGCUGUAGAUAUUUAUGAUAUAACAAAGGCAAUCGAUAACAUGAAUUUUGGUAGGAACAAAAUAAUAGCUAUGGCCUUACUGUGUGGAAGUGACUACUCAGAAGGUGUUCAUGGUAUAGGCAAGGAGUCUGUUUUGAAGUUUUUUGAAGAUUUAUCAGAUAAUGAAAUUCUAGACAAGCUGCGUGCUUGGAGAACAAAUGCAGAAGUUUACCAGAAACAUGAAAACAAGCUUAAUGAUAAGAAUAUUUGUACAUCUUGUGGACAUAUAGGAAAAGCUCGACAGCAUACACAAAAAGCUUUACAUAUUUGAAGGUUGUGUUCCUUGUGGCAUGUCAAAGGGUUGUUCAGAUGAAAAGUAUAAAGUUGAAAGACUGAAAAUCAAAAAUGAAGUUGCAAUGAGAAGCAAAGCUCUAAAAGAUCCAGAAUUUCCUGAUGAAAAUCUAAUAAAAGAAUUUCUAACAAAAAAAGAUCAUGUGUCUAGGUUAGACCUGGAGUGGAAACAGCCAGAUCUUGUAGAAUUUGUGCGUUUUACUACAAAAUUCUUGCAAUGGGAAGAAAUUUACAGCUUCGAAAAAAUUCUUCCAAUACUAACUAGAUGGCAAUGUAGACAUUAUACAUCAGUUCAGUCGACUAAUUUAAAAAAUGUCGUUCAACCCA